AUGAAACCCAAGAUAGCGUCGAAGCAAAGACCUUCCCCUUCAGCCGGCAAAUGGAAAGUUCCUCUACAGCUAGAAUAGAAUCCGGAGGUAAAGUGCAGCAAGGAAGGAGUACCUCCGGAGUACGAAAUUUUUUAGCUGGAGGUUUUGGUGGAGUUUGUGGCGUGACAAUAGGACAUCCAUUUGAUACGAUCAAGGUUCGCAUUCAAACAACCCCAUCUCCAAAACCUGGGCAGGAGGCGGUGUUUAAAGGAACACUUGACUGCUUGUUGAAAACAUUACGUAAUGAGGGUGUUCGUGGAUUAUUCAAAGGACUUUUCACACCAGUUGCCUUUGCCACACCCCUGAAUGCAAUCCAGUUCUGGGCUGUUUCUCUGGCCAGAAGGCUGCAGAUGGAGGAUCCCCAUGGUAUUCCAACGAAUUUCCAAAACUUUACCUCUGGAAUGUUUGGUGGGUUUUGUGCUGCAGCUAUUGUAACUCCUGGUGAUAGGAUUAAGUGUCUUUUACAGAUCCAGCAAAGUUCCGGGGGCGAAAGAAAGUACAAAGGUCCACUAAAUUGUGCCAAACAACUUUACAAGGAAAAAGGAAUAAGGUCUUUGUAUAGGGGAACGUUCGCAACUCUUCUAAGAGAUGUGCCAAGUAUAGGGGUAUACUUCUGCAGCUAUGAAUGGAUUCUUAGCAAACUUACAUUAGAAGGCGAAAGCCGCGAAAAUUUAAACCCACUUAGAAUUUUUAUAGCUGGAGGUUUGACCGGUAUGAUCUGCUGGGCUUCCAUUAUCCCUGUUGAUGUACUCAAGUCACGUUAUCAAACAGCACCCGAAGGAACUUACCCCCGAGGAAUUAGAGAUGCUUUAAGACAAUUAGUGAAGGAAGAAGGAGUUGCGAGUUUAUUCAAAGGAGUAACUCCAGUCUUACUACGAGCUUUCCCUGCAAACGCGGGUCUUUUUCUUGGUUACGAAGUCGCCAUGAAGACUUUUAGCUGGAUUUUACCGGAAUAAGGCGGAGAAAAAUGUUCUGGAUGUUUUAACGCUUCAACUGACCAACUAAUUACACCUCACUUUCUCUCCGACAUUGAAAUUGCGGCUCAUCGAAAGAUACCGCUCAUCGUGAUUUGCAAUGAAAUUCUUCUAACCAAUGACAUAAACUGUGCGAAGACCAUUGAGGAGAGUUUGUGUUUACGUCAGUGUUUUAAACAGUCAUUCCUGGAGUUGCUCUGAUAAAGUUAUUAUAUCUUAUCUUCUCUCUAAUAUCAUACAAAUGAUCUAUCAAUCAAGAAACUGACUUCCUUGUGUUGGGUGGAUCUCUGCAAACCUCGUUAUGACGCCGAGGCAAAGGCAAUUGUUUUCCACGUUGUGGAGCUGGAUUUAUCUAUGUACACUCCGGUCUGCAAUUAUGGUUUGUAUUUACGCGGUGUGUUGUAUAGACUGGAAGGAUUCUAGACCGAUAGACUGGAAAUAAAAGCUGGUUUCUAUAUAUCAAAUGUCUCACACAAUAAAGGAGUUUAUUCUCCCUCUCUCGUUAAAUGUAUAAAAAACAGUAUGGAGAAUGCCAAUACUGAUGUUAGGGUGUAAAGGGUUACUGCUGCAAAUGCGGCCCUUUCCGCUUAUUGAGAAGUGAUUUAGAGAAAAAAAAAUAUUUUUGCGUGGUCCACGCAAGCAAUUUAUUAACGUAAGGAAAGGACACAAAACGAAUUAUACACGAAAGUUG